UUUCUCCGUUCAUCUCUCACUCAGGUAUCAUAGUAGCUCAGCACCAGUCUGAGUCCCAACACGGAGGGACAUGUCCCCCACCUUUCUCCUAGUGGUUCUUCUUGUCUGUGCUGCUUCAGCUGAUCAAGAGUCAUGCCAAGGCCGCUGCACAGAAGGGUUCAAUUCCAAAAAGAAAUGCCAGUGUGACGAACUCUGCACCUACUAUCAAAGCUGUUGUGCCGAUUAUAUUGAAGUCUGCAAACCCCAAGUGAAUCGUGGAGAUGUAUUUACCAUGCCUGAAGAUGAGUACUUAUAUGUUGAGUAUGACAACAAAGCCACCACGGAGGCUGUCAUCAUCCAGGCACCUGAUGUCAUCAACACUGAAAGCAGUACCCAGUUCACCAGCACAGAUUCCGUCCCCAACACCCAGGAGUCUGACCUCAGUGUAUACCAAGAUCCAGAAACCACCACUGAAAUCCCCUUCAUAGAACCUGGAGAAGGAGAAGGGGAGCAGACAGAAGAAGUGUGCAGUGGAAAACCUUUUGAUGCCUUCACUGAUCUCAAAAAUGGCUCCCUUUUUGCUUUUCGAGGCAAGUAUUUCUACGAGCUGGAUGAAAAAAGUGUACUUGCUGGGUACCCCAAGCUGAUACAAGAUGUCUGGGGCAUUGAGGGGCCCAUCGAUGCUGCAUUUACCCGGGUCAACUGCCAGGGGAAAACUUACCUCUUCAAGGGCAGCUUAUAUUGGCGCUUUGAGGAUGGCAUCUUGGACCCGGAUUUCCCAAAGAACAUCUCAGAUGGCUUCGGGGACAUUCCAGACAAUCUUGAUGCUGCUGUGGCCCUCCCUGCCCACAGCUACAGUGGCCAAGAGCGUGCCUACUUCUUCAAAGGAAAUCAGUACUGGGAGUAUGAGUUCCACCAACAGCCCAGCCAGGAAGAGUGUGAGGGGAGCACAACGUCCACAGUGUUCGAACACUUCGCUGUCCUGCAGCGAGACAGCUGGCGGAGCAUCUUUGAGCUCCUCUUCUCGGAUGGUGAAUCAGAAGGGGCACGUGGCCCUUGGCUCAUCAGUGAGCACUGGCGCGGGGUGCCAAAUAGGGUGGACGCUGCCAUGGCCGGCCGCCUCUACUUCUCCUCCCCGUCUUCUACCCAAUCGGAUUCGGUCCGGAAGCGAAAGGCCAAGGCCAAGGCCAAGCGCCUCCGUAAGGGCAAACGCUACGGGUCCCGGCGGAGUCGCCACUCCCGUCGCUCCCGGGACCUCUGGGGCUUGGUGUCUUCAGAAGAACAUGGGGCAGACUAUGACCUGGACCUCAACCUUGAGUGGUUCCAGCCGUCCCAGUGCGAGCCAAUCCAGAGCAUCUAUUUCUUCGUGGGAGACAAGUAUUACCGGGUUAACCUUCAAACUAAGAGGGUGGACACCGUGACUCCUCGGUACCCGCGCCCCAUUGCCCGGUACUGGCUGGGCUGCCCAGCUCUGAGUGCUUUUGAGAAAUGAACUGAACUGCUGCAGCUCAAGCACCUCUGGGGGGUCCUCCAGACCCAAUCCAAUCCAAAAAGGAUUUAUUAAGGGUCGACUAUGCCCAGGGAACUGUGUGAGGCUUACAGAGACUGAAGGAAGAAUUGUCCCUAUCAUUGUCUGUGCCUUUAAUAAAAUCCUCUUAGCCUGUUUUUAGAAA